CCUCUUUCAGACGCACGUGGUUGAGCCCCCACUCCUGUUAUUGAGUGCACUUUCGACUACAACGGCGCAAAAAUUGCUGAUCUGUUAGAUCAAAAACGACUUUAGAGCUACGAUAAGAAAAUACAGAUUUUUUACAUAAUCCAGUGGUUUAUUUCGAAAUCGUGGAAAUUUCCAACUCGACCUUUCAAGCGUAUAUUGUGGCAAAUAAACAACAGGAUAUACAGCCAUAAUUGAGCCGUCCAAAAUGUCUGAAAAAACAGAUGCAGUUAAGCUUGGAAAACAGCUUAAUGAGGGGAAGACCAAGAUCGUGUAUGAGAUUACCUCACAACCAGGCAAAGUGCUACUACAAUCAAAGGACAAGAUCACGGCAGGAAAUGCUGCUAGGCAACACGAGAUGAAAGGAAAAGCUAUUGUAUCCACGGCAACUGCUGCUAAGGUGUUUGAGUUACUGGCUAUUGCUGGUGUUAAGUCCCACUUCAUCAAGCAACACAGUGAUACAGCUUUUAUUGCCGAAGCAUGUGACAUGAUCCCUAUAGAGUGGGUCACCAGGAGAGUCGCCACGGGUUCCUUUCUCAAACGUAACCCUGGGGUCACUGAGGGCUACAGGUUCUGUCCUCCUAAACUUGAAAUGUUUUAUAAGGACGAUGCUGCUGGUGACCCACAGUGGUCAAGGGAACAGAUCCUUGAGAGUAAGAUGACCCAUGGUGGCCUCCUUAUUGGUCCAGACGAGGUGGACAUGAUGUCCAAGGUGACCAUUUGUGUGUUUGAGAUCUUGGAGAAAGCCUGGGCAACACUGGAUUGCAGCCUGAUAGACAUGAAGAUAGAGUUUGGAGUCAAUAACAAGGGUGAGAUUGUCUUGGCUGACAUCAUUGACAGCGACUCCUGGCGGCUGUGGCCCUCUGGUGACAAACGCCUGAUGAAGGACAAGCAGGUGUACAGAGACAUGGCCGAGGUCACGGAGGAGGGACUGGCAUUAGUGAAGAGAAACUUUGAGUGGGUGGCAGAAAGAUUGGACCAUUUGACCCCAAAGCCAAACUGCAGAGCAGUGGUCUUUAUGGGUUCUCCCUCGGAUUUUGCCUUUAGUCAGAAGAUAGCUGAAACUUGUCAAAAAUAUGGCCUCCCAUGUGAGAUGAGGGUUUCGUCUGCUCACAAAGGGACGGAUGAGACCUUGAACAUUUUGGCUCAAUAUGAAGGUGAAAAUAUCCCCACUGUGUUUAUAGCAGUGGCUGGCAGAAGCAAUGGUCUUGGUCCAGUCUUGUCUGGCAAUGCCAGCUGGCCAGUCAUCAACUGCCCACCCAUUAAGGCUGAUUGGGGGAAUGAAGAUGUUUGGUCAUCUUUGAGGCUGCCUUCUGGUCUUGGCUGUUCAACAGUGAUAUCUCCCGAGGCUGCAGGUUUGAUGGCGGCACAGAUAAUGUCCCUUCACGACCACUUAAUCUGGUCCCGCCUACGCGCUAACAAACUCAACACCUGGUUGGGCCUCAAAAAGGUGGACAAAAAGUGUCGCACCGAGCAGACUGUGGAAUAGCCAGUUACUUUGUGUGGGAGUAAAGAUGGCUGAAAUAUGCAGGAGGGGGCAAUGAAAUUUUUAAAUAUAUUCAUCGAAUCUCAAGCUGGAGCAUUGCACAACGUUUAAGUGUCUGUAACAUUACCAAAGAAUGCUAUUUGAAGAUGGGUUGGGUUCAGUUUUAACUGUGGGGAAAUUAUAAUGGACAUAUUCUGGCAACAGGUGAUAUUCCAUAUUGGACAUGAAGAGCGAUGUUAUUAGCUGAUAUUUUCUGUGCACUUUAUAUUUGUAUGGAUUGCACUUGAUUUAGUGUUGUAACUUCUGUGGGGCAUAAUAACUGCAUUAUUUAGAUUUUUUAUUGAAUAUGUUUGCUUUUUACAAUUUUGUUAUUUUCUACUGAGCUUGAAAAUAAUUUUUCUUAUUUGCUUUUGAUAACACUUGCUUUUUGCUAGUUGUGGCUCGUAACUAAAUAUUAAUUGGUUGGUUUGUUUUGGAUUUUGUUUCUUUCUGUUUGUAGAGACAGGAACUUUGUAGUGGCAGGGACACUGUAAACUGCUCAUUACUUUCAAGAUCAAGUUUUUAGUCUCUGUCAGCUGGGAAAAAAUGUGCAGCAAUAUUUAGUCAAGGAUACUAGCCAUUCCAAUUCUAAUCAAUUUGACUAGCUCUAAGAACACUAAAUGUGCCAUAAGUAAUGCUUUUUGUGACUACAAAAAAGUAAGAAAAGACUUGAUGGUGAUACUGUAUUACAGUAGGUAUGUCAGUAUUUGGCAGUUUUGAAACAUUCCAUGAACCACCCAUUUACAUUUAAUGAAUUGUCUCGAGUUUUUGGACCAAAGUGUGGCUUGAUUUACUUGGAUUUAGAAUUUCCCUUAUACUAACAAUUAAACCACGGCUAGCGCGUAGAACAAAAGACUGGGCCGUGCUGUAUUCGACAUACAAGCACGUCAUGUA